UGAAUCUAUGGCAUUAUGAAAAAAAACUGACAACAAAAAAUAUUAAAUCUACCAACAAAAAUGUAAAAAUAGUUUCCAAAAAUAACACCAUAUUGUGUUCAAGCUUAGUAUUUCAUUCAAGUAAAAAAUACUGAAUAAUAUGCAAGGCUUCCGGUUUACAUGAAAUUUUUUAGUGCAUGGUGUAAAUAAUGGAUGCUUCGGCAUCACCAAGAGUGGAUGCUGAUAUAAACGAAGUUUAUGGAUUUUUUGUCAAAAUUGAAAAUUCAUCCUACUCUAGCCCUUUUAAGCAUAAGAAUACAGUCAUUAAAUAUACAAAACUUCCAGAUUUUGACUUUGAUUCAAGAGUAUCAUGGCCCGAGAAAAGUUACACAUUGCAGCCUCGUCUACGACGCAUCAUCACUCUUGACGAUCCCGAAGUCAUUACUAGUCGUUCCCUGAAGCCUGACUUGAUAGCACCCUUAAAGACCAUGUCUUCUGUUACCAGAAGAAAAAUAGUAACCAUUGCUGAAGAUGAUGAAAGUGAUCUUCAUCCUAAAUUUUCUAAAGAUGUAAAAAGAUGUAGUAAAACUUCAAACAAAGCUGUUGAAGCAGAAUUGAAGAAUGAAAAACAAUUUUCUCAGAGAACCACUUCCAGACUAACAAAUUCUUCCAAAUAUUCAAGAGAAACUAAACCAAGUGCCAAAUCCCCUAAUUUGAUUAAUAGAAAAGAUGUUAGUGCACCUAAACCUAACUUCAAAAGUAAAUAUUCAAACUUGAGCCAGUCUUCACCAGAUAACACGAAGGUCCGGAGCAUGAAGGAACGAGAUACCAUCCGGACUAAAAGCACCAUCGCCGCAUCUAAAGUUAGUCUGAAAAACUCAAUAACCCCAAGUGAAAGUGAAAAAGAGUUAUCAGUGAUCAAAACUAAACUAUACGAUUCUUUGAAAGGAAAUACUCAAAAUAAGAAAUCAAUAGAACGUCCAAGAUAUAGCAAGACAUCAACACAGUCCAAUAAAAACAGUGCAACAACUUUUCUUAGAGAAAUAAAAAGCAAAAAUAAACCUGUGACUAUAAUACAUGUACCACUAGAUGAAAAUUAUCAAAGAGAUAAUAUCAAAGACAGUGAAUCACAUCAAACAUUAGUACUGCCUGUGAUUGAUUUAAACAACAAAAAAGAUUUUGGUACUUUUGUAGAAAACGAAAUAUACUCAAAGGAUGUUAAUAUAGGGACGGACCCUAGACCGAUUACUUUUGAUAAAGUAACACAGUCCGAUGCGUGUGAAACACUCUCAAAGAGCUUAGAAAACGCAAACGUACAGACUGAUCUAUUAAGAGAAGCAUUUGAUAGUCUUGAUAUACCAAAUGUAACAUUAACAAAGGAUAAAAAUGAAUCCAAAGAAGAGUCAGUAAAGUUUAAUAGUAAAUCAUUACCAAAUCUCAAAAUCCCUUCGUUGGACUCCAGCCUACAAAGCAAUGAAUGUAGUAAUGAUGAAUCCAAGUUCUUCAAUAGCACUUCGUACAUAAUCGGCCACGCGACUGUCACGUGCACCACAAAGCAAAAGAUAAACUUCCAUGUGGUGGGUAGUAGUAAUGAAACGUCUAAUCAAUCUCCUAGUCCACUAAGUUAUCCUGUAAAUGUAGUUUCCAUUUAUGAAAAAGAAAUAAAGAAAAAGCAGCUUCGUGACUCAUUCGAACAGGAGGACAAAUCCAACGCGAAGUGUACUAAUUGCUUGAAUGAACUAAAGUCGCUUAAUUGUUCCUACGUCUUCAAUAGCAAUAAAUUAGUGAAACCGUCGGACAUUAUCAGCACAAUAAGAGUUAAUAAUGACCUAUUACAAAGUGACUACAUUUGUGAGCAGUUUGAAAGGGAGCUCAACUUUAUAGAUUCCUUUUUUGAGUCCCUGCAGUAUUUAGAAAGCUGCUCGCUCGCCGAUAAGUGUUUCACAGAGAAUAAAGUUAAGAGUUGGGUAAAUAACACUGAUUUCGAUGUGAAGAAUUCAGAAUAUGGUUGUUUCUUGUCAAAACUCGAAAAUGGCGCGAUUGUUGAUGAUACGGAAACAAUGGCUUCGAAGAGUCUUUGUCUGCUCAACUUGCUCAUUCGUGAUGAACAAAGACGAGCAAAGAAUCUUCUGUUCGUGCUUAAAAUGCGAGAAGAUGCUCUUAAAGACUUCACUAAGUCGCAAAUACUGUGGUUAGAGAAUAAGAAGAAACAGGAAAACACUGAUAUAUCUACAUUGAAGAAGAAACAACGCGGCGCGCUUCUGAAGCUACAGCAUGAAUGCGGGGAAAUGCAACGUAUGAGAAAAGCUCUCCUCACACAGUCAGAGAAGCGGAAAGUUGUGCUUCUGAAAACGAAGAAAAAUAUAGAACUAAAGUUGAAGAAUAGUGUUGAUGUUGAACAAAUACUUUUGAGCAAGAAAAAAUUGAAACGCAACUCAUUUGAUCGUAAUACUGCUCCGCUCAAGUGUUUCGAUCUAUCCAGCAGCGGCUGUGAAGAGAGUUCAACUUCCCGCCCAAAGUCGGCAAUACCUUUGAUGGAAGUGCCGCCCACGGUCGCCGCUGUUCGCAGUGCCGAGAAGUGUAUACAGACUGGUGAAAGUGAGAUAGAGAGCUUAAAGGUCGACCAAGCAACAGACACGGCAGCUGAAAACUUCGUCGUAGUCGACGGGGGAUAUCUCAAUAUUCUAUUCCAUAACCUUUCAAUGCCUCAAAUCUUCAGUAGCGGUAAACAGUACGAAGUCAAUGAAGAAGCAUUGCGAAAUAUAGUCAAUUCGGUAAACUCAAACCAAAAUAUGAACGAAGGAGACGUGUUAGAUAGGUUCAUGAAUCAAAUAAAAAAUCCUGAUUUAGAAACGAGUACGCCGUCCACGGCUCGCAGUCUCGUCGAGGAGAUGGAUCAGUAUUACAAAGGUCUCAUCGAGGAGGAGAAGUCUCCCGUUGAAUCGCACGUUCGUGAAUCCGUGAUUUAUGAAGUCAAGGAUUCGUUAGUUCAAGCGGUAGACCCCGUACAGUUUGAGAGCAGAAGUUUCCAGAGUGCGUCUACGAUGACUAGUGAUAGUGCGGACACUGUGGUGUUAGAUAAUGUGGACGACUUGAAUCGGGAGUGUGUUUGUGACACUUCAGUGGAGACUGAGGCUUUGAAGGAGCCUUCGUCGCCUGUAGGGCAGGGGCCGUUACCGGUGCCCGCGGGGUCCGCCGAGCCGGGACCCGAACCCCAGACCACAUUGUGGGCGAUCCCCAAAUCAUCCAACACCAACUCAGAUUGCUCCAGCAUCAGUAGCCCGUCCCCCAGUCAAAGUGGGACGUCCCUUUCGUCUAUGACGUCACCGCUCAACGAAGCAGAGGAGUUGCGACGUCAACAACUGGCUAUAGAAAGAGAGAUAAAGGCGUUGGAGCAGCAGCAAUGUCAACUGCUGGUUGUAAGAGAGAUCCCGGACAAACCACCGCCUCCUUACACCCCACCGGCCGAAGCUCGAGUGUCCAAACUACCUCGGAUGUAUGUAGCCGACGAAACCACCGAAGAAAAGAUACAAAGAUACAUAAAAGAUCCUCACACUGGAGACCAUGAUCCCACCGAUGCAUUCGACAGUUUUGUCAGAGACUUUUGUCUGGAAACCAUAGAGAGGCAAACGCAAGAAAAGAGCGACAAGCCAUGGGAUUCGUGUAACUUGUUACCGCAAAAACCACCGGAGGACACAGAAAAAGUGAUAAAGAAAACAUCCUCGCAUCUAUUAGAAAUUCUAACGGGCGUCGCUCCUACAAUAGUGUCUGGUGUUGGCGCCCGCCGGUCGGACCACAUCGACGACAUUCUGUUCGCCGAGUGGCGCCGCUGCGAGCCCGAGUGGACGGCUCUCCACACGGACGAAGCUUUAGUCAAAAAUCAAAUUUUCGAGUGCAUCUUCCAGAAAAUUCUCACCGAAACCGUAGACGAAUACAAAAGGACAGUCCUGUUAAACAAAUAGUUCUAGUGAAAUAUACAAUGUGUUGUUAAGUUUAGUUUGGCGAAGCAUUAGAAAUUGCUGUGCGAUUGCAGUAUAUAUUUAAUCGUUGGUCGGUAUGUUGGUUGCAUUUGCGUAGUUUGUAUCAGGCGAAUGGCACGAAUAUUGAUUUUGAAUUGGUUAAAGUUUGUUGAUACGAAAAUUUGCAUGUUUUGUAAACAGUAAUACUAUUGGAGAACACAGAUUAAGCGGGAUAGAACAUAAUUUUCUUCUCUCUCUCUCUCUUAAAGAGAUGAAAAUAUUGUGUAUAUCUUCCAUUCGUGCCAUCACGUCUGAAACUUGCUAUUCACGGCUGUUGAACUCGUAGUUAGUUUAAGUAGUAAGAGCUUAUUUAAUUGCAUUUACAAGAGUGUCGUUUCUAUUUAAAAUUGUCGGUCAGUGUAAAAACAAACACUUUUUAAAGUUAAAUUAUUUAUUUAAAAUAAUAUUGAAAAAAUAUCACAUAGUCCUUAUAAUUUCACACUGACUACCUAAAUUAUAAAUACUUUUUAAUACAGCUUGCUGGCACGCAAAAUGUAUUUUUUUAUUUCAUUCUAAAUUUAUUAGGUCACACAUGAAAUCAGGGCCGUAUUAAGAAAUGUUAUAUUUAGAUAAUCCUUGCAUAUUUUGACAAAUUAUUACAUGUUUAGCAUGGCCAUAUUUGGUUUGGUUACUUGAUGUAGUCCAAUAUAAUGUUAUCUUAGAAUAUACACAAGGGGAACACAAAACUACAUAAAUUAUCCACCAUUUUCAAUUUACCACCAAAGAGAUCAUUAUUUUUAUAGACAAUUUUUAUUCCUUUAAAAUAUAACAUUUCAAGAUUUACACAUUAUAAUACAGAUGUAUUUUCGUAUUCCCCUUUGAAUAUUCUAUUUGCGAUUCAGCGAUUCAUUUUCGAUAUUUUAAUAAACGUUUGGACAUCAACAUAACACAAUUUGUAACAAAUAUGACGUUGGUUGAUGUCAGCUUGA